AUGAGUAAUUAUAACUAAAUGAUAGAUUUAGCAAAUAGCGGAACUACUCAGCUUUUAAGCUAUUUAGAAAGGUUAAAAAGCCAUGCUGAAGAUCUUUUAAGAGGAGUGAGAGGGAUAUACAUCAUAACAAAUCCUGUGAAUAGUUCUUUAAAAAUAAAAUAUGAAAUGGAUGUACCAAUAGAUAAAGAUAAAUUUAUUAAAGAAAUGAAGUUAAUAAAUGACAAAACUUUAUUAAUUAUUUAUUCAAAUAAUGAAUAUGUUUUACAUGAUUUAAUUCAAAAUAAACCUAUUUCUUCACAUAAGUUCCCUUCAUCAAAUUAUUCUAACUUAUAAGUAUUCCCACAUGAUUAGCUAAAAAAAUAGAUAGAGUUUUAGAAUACUAGGUCUUAUGAUUAUUUAAUAGCUUAUUUUGACCUCACUUUAAAGGAAAUAGCUAUUUAUGAUUUAAAGUUAUGCCUACCCAUUUCUUAUCAAUUUUUCAAUGAUAGUUUGAUAGAAGAUAGCUUUGUUUUUAAGGUGAUUUAAAACUAGAUUGUAGUUACUUACAAAAAAGGAGACCUUACAGAGAUUUUGGAAGAUUCAUAAACUAUAUAUCACUCGUAUGAAAUUUAUGAAAUAAAUUAUGAUGAUAAUGAGCAUAGAAUUAAGUGGGACCAAAAAAUAAAAAAUACAUUCUAAUUAGCAAACUAUUUUAACGAUAAAUCUAUCAUCUUAAAAAAUAAAUCUUUAAUAUUGUAUAACUCUUUUACUAACUCUAAUUAGAUUUUCGAGUACUAUGUUUAUUAAGAAAAUAGUGUGUAUAUGAGAAAAAUGAAAUACCCUCUUGAAGGUUAAAUUCUUGAAAUUAUAGAAUACUCAAAUUCAAACAAAGUAGGAUUUUUAAUAAAUAUGCAUACUGAUUAGCAAUUCAAAUUAUUAGUUCAUGAUUUAGAUUAAAAAACAGAUUAUACCGAAAAUCCUUUCAAUUUCUUAUAAAUUACAAAGAAAAUAUUGGUAACAAAAGUAUUUUGUUUCAUAGAUGAUAGAUAUAUAGGAUUGUCUGUAUAAAAUAUAUAAUACGGUGCCAAAAAUAUUCUAUAUGAUAUUGAAAGCUAAUAAAUUGUAUGCAUUCUUCAAGGUAGUAAUAUUGUAGACUGUAACAAUAAAGUUAAUAAGUUAAGAAUUUUAAUGCAUAACGAUGAAGAUUAGUUAGAGAAUCAUAAUUUAAAAUUUAUUUACUUUGCAAAACAGAGCACAACAUUAAUGAAAUAUCUGGAAGAGUAAGGAAUUCUAAAGCAAUAUGGAGAAUAGGCAUGCAAGGAAAUUAUUGAAAUGAUUGUAUGA